ACACUAAACAGCUGCUUUGUGAACCAUAAGAUUUUUUAAAAAUAAUUGUACCUACAGAUCAUUAGUUCAAAAUUUCAUAUUAACAAGAGGGAUUGUUAUUAAGUGAGUAAUUAAUUACGCUAAACCUAGUGAAAAAGUGUGAAAUAUUUUCAUGUGUUUGUGAGGUCAAUCAUUACAAAUACAACGCGUGACAGUUGGAAUGCGUAGCUAGCUGAUAAUAAGUAUUGUAAUUGAAUCAUUCCACAUGAAAUCAUGAAAAAUUGAUCUAUGACACAAUAACGCAAAGUUGGAAGCAGUCAUGGAAUCGAGUCGGGAUCGAGGAUUUUGUGACCAGCUUGCGGAGACUUUGAGAAAUUGUGUGGACACUUUAUUUCAUCGUGGUAGUGACCAAUCUCAAACAGGCAGAGUGGUGGAAGAAGAGGCUCCGUAUUGUCCUCCAAACAGUAACCAAAUCUGUCCUUCCCUUAAAGUUUGGUCAAAUUCCGAAGAGGAGAAGACUUAUCAACUCAUGUGUUCCACCAAAAAAUGCUCGUGGGUCAUUCCCUUGGCUGGAAAUGCUUACGUAACGUCGCCAGAAGGUCCCCCAGAGGAAGAACCUCUCGAGAACUUUAUCUCCGACUGUGGAGUUUCCAACUGGAAUAAUGGGUUGAGGAAAAUGUCCACGUUUUUUCAUUCUACAAGACCCGGGUACGUUCUCAUGGCGUUGAGAUUAAGGGUGCCAAACUCGGAUGGAAUCAGUAGAUUACGGAUAACUUUGAGCCAUGCCAAGCCACCCUUCCGCCAAAUCGAUGUUGGGAAUGAAUUUCCAGCUUCGAGUGAGGAGGCUGAUGAUGCAAUUACAAUUUACGAGGCAGAAGAUGGGAAACAGUCCCAAACGACAGAAAUAUUUGUCCAGGGGUCGAAAUGGCAACUGGCCCCUUGUGGCAAAUUCUUUCUGCCGAUGGAUGGUUACAUACGCUUUGAUCUGGAAGGAAUUUCACGUUCUGGACCAUAUUUUGCCGAUGUGACUCAUCUCAUCAUAAUCCCCGAGUCUGAUUGGUUUACGGAACAAACGUUUUUGAAGUUUAUUUCUAGCCCAUCUGACUUCUAUUGGGGACGCCGAGGUCCAUCUGUACAUCUCCGUUACAUUCCUCCUCCACUAACGGAUUUUGAGUACUUCUAUACAGAGUUAACUGUCCCUGAUGGCGGGGAUGUGAUCGGCGCUUACUUCUGUGCCGCUGGAUUUCGUGGGGGCUAUUUUGGCUUUCAAGUGAAUAGCGAAACCGAACGAAGAAUCUUAUUUUCAAUCUGGUCAGAGUGGAAUACGGAUAAUCCGGGGGAUAUACCAGAAGAGUAUAAAGUCGUGUUGAUAAAAAAAGGCGAUGGUGUGAUAGACGGCGAAUUUGGGGAUGAGGGUUCAGGUGGUCAGUCGUAUCUCAUCUACCCUUGGAUUGCUGGACGCACGUACAGAUUUCUAGUAUUUGCGACAAAAUCAGGGACUGAGGAUACCGUUUACACUGCAUGGUUUAACCCUACCGGCGAGGCUUCAGAUUGGGGGUUGAUUGCUUCGUUCUUUAAGCCUAAAGAUUCGACAUAUCUGCGAGACUUGUAUGCUUUUUCUGAGAAUUUCAUUCCCGAACAGGGGCAUUUAGAAAGAAAAUGCGAGUAUGGUGCUCAAUGGGUGCAUACGACAGACGGUACUUGGAUUGAGAUGACCACUGCAGAAUUUACAGCAGAUGCAACUGCGACCGCACAAAAUCGGAUGGACAUUAGUGGUGGAUUAGAGGUUGAGAGUGGCAAUUUUUUCCUACGAAAUUGUGGAUUUUUUUCAGACGCUGUCAGUGCAAAUACCAUGUUCGAAAGACCAGCCUUGGGCGUUCCACCAGACAUUGAUUUUUCGACGUUGCCUUAAUGCUGACGUAAAAAUCUAAUAUUUCAGUAUUUACCCCAUGAGAUACAUAUAUUUACAAGUGUGAUGACUGUGUAUACUAAUUAUACACUUUUAAAUAAAUUAUUUAUUAUUUAUUCUCAAAAUUUCUGGAAAA